UGUGGUCAUCCUUUGUUAGGUCAUUUGCAAGAAAUUUCAAAUUCCCUGUGGAGCAGAACUUGAUCUAAUUAACGCAACUGCGAACAUUACCAUGGAGCAAUUGUUGCUUGCAAAUGAAACAAAUAUUAAUGCAACUUAUGAUUCCUGUGUACCAAAAUAUUUUAUCUUCAACUCAAAGACUGUCUAUGCUGUACCAAUCCUGACAUUUUCUUUUGUCUGUCAUCCUGCUAUUCUCCCUAUUUAUGAAGAACUGAAAGGCCGAACACGCAGAAGAAUGAUGAAAGUAUCCAAUGUUUCAUUUUUUGCUAUGUUCCUCAUGUAUCUUUUGGCUGCUCUCUUUGGAUACUUGACAUUUUAUG